AUGGCUCGUCGCACAAACCGAUCGGUUCCCCAAGGAAGAAACGACAUGACUGAAGCAAUCCAAGCCAUGAAUGCUAUGGCCGCAGCAAUGGCCCAACAAGCUGCGAUCCAGGCUCAACGAGAUGCACAGAGGGAUCAGAGGGAUGAAGCAGCCAGUGCAGCAAGAGCAUUGAAUGAAUUUCGUCGACAAGAUCCGCCUAAAUUCAAAGGGGAACAUGACCCCGACAAGGCUGAUCUUUGGCUGCAAGAAAUCGAGAAGAUCUUCGAGAUCUUACACUGCUCUGACAAUGCGAAAGUAGAGUAUGCAACCUAUUUGAUGAUUGGUGAAGCUGAAUACUGGUGGCGAGGUGCGAAGAAAAUGAUGGAGACAAAUCAUGAAGAGCUAACCUGGGAGGCUUUCAAGAAUAAGUUCCUAGAAAAAUACUUCCCGAAAAGUGCUAGGGCUGAGAAGGAGGCCCAAUUUCUGAAGUUGUAUCAAGGGAAUCUCACGAUAGCGGAAUAUGCGGCAAAGUUCGAGUCCCUAGCAAAGCACUUCCGCUAUUUCCUAAAUCAGAUAGAUGAAGAAUACAUGUGCGAGAGGUUUGAAAGUGGGCUUAGGUAUGAAAUUAAGGAGUUAGUGGGGCCCUUGGAGAUACGCCAAUAUCAAGUACUAGUGGAGAAAUGCAAGAAAGUGGAGCAGAUGAAACAGAGCCGUCUGAAUAGGGGUGUUGUAGGUGGACCCAUCAGACCUCAGGGGCAUAACGACCAACAUAAUAGGGGCAAGCAGCAUCAACAAUACAAGCCAUAUGCCCGACCACUGGGGAAUGCUAGAGAUCAACCUCGACCUCAAAACGGGGAAGGUCAAGGGCCAAAAGUUCCAAGUCAGAACCAGGCGUACCCUGUUAAGUGUUUUCGCUGCAACAGAGAGGGACACAAGAUAUCUGAGUGUCCAAUCAGACCAAGGGUUUGUUACAUUUGUCAGAAACCAGACCAUUUUGCAAAUGAAUGCCCUGAACGGAAGGACGAUAGAGCUGUCAACCGCAACAAUAUCAACGACAAUGUUGUACGCCCUACUGCCAAGGGACGUGUCUACCACAUCAAUGGAGAGGAAACUCCAUCUUCCUCUGAGCUUAUCCAAGGUGAGUGUUUAAUUGCUGGAACAUCACUUAAUGUAAUUUAUGAUUCGGGGGCAACACACUCAUUCAUUUCAUUGGAUUGGGUGGAUUCGCUCCAACUUACUAUUACUACUUUGCCGUUUGAUUUGGUGGUUACCCUACCUUCUACCGAAUCAGUGAAAUGUAGUACGGCUUGCUUGCAAUGCCCGUUGAUUGUGUUCGAUAUGAGAUUCAACGUUGAUUUGAUUUGUAUUCCCCUCAAGCAUGUGGGAGUGAUCCUUGGAAUGGAUUGGUUGUCAAGCCAUUAUGUUCUAUUGGAUUGUGCUCGUAAGUCUAUGAUAUUCCCAGACCCAGGUGUUUCUCGAUUCCUCGAUACCAAUAAAUUGAACUUCUCUUUGAAAGAGGGAGUUCGGAAGUGUGUUUCCCUCAACUCAGUCAGUACGAAGCUAGAGGUGGAGGUAGACGGGAUACUUGUGGUCGAAGAUUUUCCAGAGGUAUUUCCGCCGGAUGUACCAGGAUUACCCCCAGUUCGUGAUAUUGAAUUUUCAAUUGAUGUGACUCCGGGUACAGGACCUAUAUCUAUUGCACCAUAUAGAAUGUCUCCAUCGGAAUUGUCAGAGUUGAAAAAUCAGUUGGAGGACCUUUUAUCUAAACAGUUCAUACGACCGAGUGUCUCACCUUGGGGAGCACCAGUACUCCUAGUGAAGAAGAAGGAUGGAAAGUCUAGACUCUGUGUCGAUUACCGUCAACUUAACAAAGUCACCAUCAAAAAUAGGUAUCCUUUGCCACGCAUUGAUGACUUGAUGGACCAACAAAGGAGCAAUGAUAUUUUCUAA